UCGCAGUCAUAUCCAUGCCGGGUCUUUCUUGAUGACUGAGUACUCUCUUAUGUUUUCUUCUCCACUGGAUUCAUUCUCUUAGCCAUACCUGCUUUCUGAAGACCUAAUUCAUAUGUAACUACUGGUAUAUGCUUUCGGAUAAGGAACUGACACCAAGAUUUUUUUGGGUUGUUUUCAAAAUUCAAGCUAAAAAGUUCAUCAAAUGAAGCUUCCUUUUUGCGGAAUCGGGUGCUUCUCUUGUACAUCAGAGACUGCUAUUGAUACAACCAGGCAAGGUGGAGAAAGCACUCGCAACAAAUUUCGUGUUUUCUACUAUAAUGAAUUGAAAGCUGCAACCAAUGGAUUCUCUGAGUCAAACAAGAUCGGAGGUGGUGGCUUUGGUUAUGUCUACAAGGGAUGGCUUCAAGAUGGUACUGUUGCAGCAAUCAAAGUUCUUUCAGUUGAGCUGGGAUCAAUGCGAGGGGAGAAGGAAUUUGUAGCAGAAUUAGCAGCACUUUCCAACAUCAAGCAUGAAAAUCUUGUUACUCUUCGUGGGUGUUGCAUCAAUGGAGACAGCAGAUACUUGGUGUAUGAUUACAUGAAAAACAACAGCAUAGCGCAGACCUUACUUGGUAGAGAGCAAAACAGGAAGAAAUUUGGGUGGGAAGCAAGGCGCAAAAUCUCGUUUGGAGUUGCUAGGGGAAUUGCAUAUUUACACGAGGAGGUUGAACCCCACAUUGUGCAUAGAGAUAUUAAGGCAGGCAACAUCCUUCUUGAUGAGAAUUUCACCCCAAAAGUCUCAGAUUUUGGCCUGUCAAAGCUACUGAGGGAUAAUAAGUCCCACGUUAGUACACGGGUUGCUGGGACAUUAGGUUAUCUUGCUCCUGAGUAUGCAAUGAGCGGGCGUUUAACAAGAAAGUCCGAUGUUUACAGCUUUGGAGUGCUACUGUUGGAAAUAAUCAGUGGCAAGGAAGUUGUUGCCUUCGAUUUAGAACAUGGAGAAAAUUACUUGGUCCAAAAGGCAUGGGAUGCUUACAACGCUAACAAUCUUGUAGAAUUAGUGGAUUCUGCACUUGGAACAAACUACCCUGAAGAAGAAGCGGUCUUGUUCUUGAAGGUCGGAUUGCUUUGUGUUCAAGAAACAGCCAAGCGCAGGCCUCAAAUGUCUGUGGUCGUUCAAAUGUUGACACAUGAAACUGACAUUGGAGAUGUUCAGAUUUCCCAUCCUGGUCUUGUUGCUGAUCUUAUGGACAUCAAACUUGAUCACAAGGACUUCUACGAGAGCUCCAAAGGCACGAGCCUUGAAAGUACGCAUAGUCCCCACAGUAGUACAUAUUUUUGAGUUACACUGCUCGUUUUUGUUUUUUCUUCUUUUUUUCUUUUCUUUUGUAAAGGAUACAAGAAAGAUAUGUGAUUUAUGGGAGCAUUAAGUUUCACAGUUUUAGUUUA